GUGCCCCCACAACCUCCGGUGCCCCCACAACCUCCGGUGCCCCCACAACCUCAGGUGCCCCCACAACCUCCGGUGCCCCCACAACCUCCGGUGCCCCCACAACCUCCGGUGCCCCCACAACCUCCGGUGCCCCCACAACCUCCGGUGCCCCCACAACCUCCGUGCCCCCACAACCUCCGGUGCCCCCACAACCUCCGGUGCCCCCACAACCUCCGGUGCCCCCACAACCUCCGGUGCCCCCACAACCUCAGGUGCCCCCCACAACCUCAGGUGCCCCCACAACCUCCGGUGCCCCCACAACCUCCGGUGCCCCCACAACCUCCGGUGCCCCCACAACCUCCGGUGCCCCCACAACCUCCGUGCCCCCACAACCUCCGGUGCCCCCACAACCUCCGGUGCCCCCACAACCUCCGGUGCCCCCACAACCUCCGGUGCCCCCACAACCUCCGGUGCCCCCACAACCUCCGUGCCCCCACAACCUCCGGUGCCCCCCACAACCUCCGGUGCCCCCACAACCUCCGGUGCCCCCACAACCUCCGGUGCCCCCACAACCUCCGUGCCCCCACAACCUCCGGUGCCCCCCACAACCUCCGGUGCCCCCACAACCUCCGGUGCCCCCACAACCUCCGGUGCCCCCACAACCUCCGGUGCCCCCACAACCUCCGGUGCCCCCACAACCUCCGGUGCCCCCACAACCUCCGGUGCCCCCACAACCUCCGGUGCCCCCACAACCUCCGGUGCCCCCACAACCUCCGGUGCCCCCACAACCUCCGGUGCCCCCACAACCUCCGGUGCCCCCACAACCUCCGGUGCCCCCACAACCUCCGGUGCCCCCACAACCUCCGGUGCCCCCACAACCUCCGGUGCCCCCACAACCUCCGUGCCCCCACAACCUCCGGUGCCCCCACAACCUCCGGUGCCCCCACAACCUCCGGUGCCCCCACAACCUCCGGUGCCCCCACAACCUCCGGUGCCCCCACAACCUCCGGUGCCCCCACAACCUCCGGUGCCCCCACAACCUCCGGUGCCCCCACAACCUCCGGUGCCCCCACAACCUCCGGUGCCCCCACCACCUCCGGUGCCCCCACAACCUCCGGUGCCCCCACAACCUCCGGUGCCCCCACAACCUCCGGUGCCCCCACAACCUCCGGUGCCCCCACAACCUCUGAGCCAGGUAGCUGGUGGCGGCGGCUUGUACUAG